AUGGACCCGAAUCUAGCCGCAGUACAGGCGAUCGCACACAACAAGUUCCUGUCCUGGGAGUGGUUUCGCUCAGCGCCUGGCGCAGUCAAGGCCGCCUACCCUCCCAUGCAAAACCAAGCCUUCAACAUUGGAGCCACCCAGCCCCAGGCAGCCCCCAGUGCGAUCCAGCGGCCCAUCAGCACGACCACCAUCAAGGCCGACCUCAGCUUGAAGCUGUGCACCUACAACUGCAGAUCACUCAAAUCCGCCGUCAACUUCAAGUCAGGCAAAGGCAAGGCGGCCAGCAAAAGCAAACAGAGUAUCUCCAAGGUUACACACCUAGCAGCACAGUUUUCUGACAUGGGCCUACAUUUGGUAGCCCUCCAGGAGACGCAGAGCGACGGAGAUGUCCGCCACGUUGGAGAAUGUGUCUGCUACUCCUCAGGUCAUACGCAGCAGAACAGAGGAUGCGACAUUUGGAUCAACGCCUCCAAGCCGAUCAGCGUGGGCGGGGUCGCGAGGUACCUAAGCGCCAGAGAUACCCUCGUCCUCCACCAGCACGACAGGCUCUUGAUCAUCAAGACCCGCGCGGCAGGCACGGACAUGGUCAUCGCCCCCGCGUACGCCCCCCACGAAGAAUCUCAGUCGGCUGAGAAGACAGAGUUCUGGGAGUCUGCCCAGCGGCUGGCUGCCAAGUACCACGUGGACAUCUUCAUGGGGGACCUGAACGGGCGUCUAGGCGACUACGAGUCCCCAGGAGUUGGCACCAGUGGGUAUCCAGAACCAACCAAUGGCAAUGGCAAGCAGAUCAUAAACUUCGCAGCCAACACCGACAUGGAGGUCAUCAAUACCACGAAGGAUCCAGGAAGCGACUCGUAUACGCAUAUUGGAUCUAAGGGGCAGCGCCGCAGGAUUGACUACAUCCUGCUGUGCUCCUCCAUCGCCCCGUACGCGACGAGCUGCAGCACGGAGCCAGGUCUUGACCGUGGCGCCGCUGCACAAGACCACAUACCAGUACUCGCCACCCUCAAGUGGGCCGUCUGCAAGACCACCAAGGCCUCAGGGCCGAGGCCCGAUCUGAGCAACCUAAACAAUGACGACGCCAAAGCCAGAAUCAAGGAGAUUCCCAAGAAGGCUCCGAUCAUCCCCUGGGAGGUGGACGUCAACACUCACUGCGAGGAGGCCACCAGAGUCGUCAACGAUGCGGCCAUCCAGGCCUUCGGCAAGGCCGUCAAGGCAGCUCGGAAGCCCUACAUCACUAGGACCACCAUGGGACUCAUCCGAGAGAAGCCCAUGACGACCGACCUGGACGGCUGGUGGCCCAUGCUCACUCCCUUCUUGAAGGCGAGGUCGGAGCCUCGUUGUCCCUGGAGUGCAGAGCGGGGCGACGACGACGGCACAAUCCACGACAUCCACUACUACGCGAACCUGCUCCUGAACUGGGCGAUCUCACCCAUGGACUAUGCCAUGGCCAUUCACUCCUUCCUCACCAGGUCAGGGCUGCUCACGGCCUCGGCAGUCGAGAAGGACCGAAGCGGAUUCCUCAGUCGGUUAGCCUCAACUGCGACCUCCGCCUCUGCCGCGAACGACGCGGCGGCCCAGUGGAAAGCCUAUCGGGACCUACUAGGGCAUGGCGGGAAGAAGGCGCGGUUUCCAGCAGGAAAGCCGAUGAGACUGGACCAGAACGGAGAGGUGGUCCACAACUCCCAGGACACGGCGGACCAGGAGCUCAACCACUUCGCGAAGACACAGGCAGGCAAGAUUGUGACAGCGGACGACCUUGCCCACAAGUAUAACCAGGACAGCCAGACCAGGCCCUUCGACGGCAUGCUGUAUCUCUCCAUGGCGAUGCCCCUGCCCGUCUGCCAGGCCCAGUUCGCCGCGGCAAAGGCUGGGACGCAAGGAGGCCCCGACGGGCUCACGAACGCCAUCCUCAGGGCAGCCCCUGCAGAGGCAGCCAUGCUACUCCACCCCCUCUUCACCAAGGUGGCGACCACGGUGCGGGAGCCGCUGAGCUUUAAGGGCGGGGAUCUGGUCGCCAUCCCCAAAGGCAAGGGCGACCCCCGCUACCUCCUAGCCUACCGCGAAAUCCCCCUGAACAACGUCCUGGGCAAGCACCACCACAAAUACCUGAGGACCAUGCUCAACGCCACCCUCGCCAUAGCGCUGGAGGGCAUCCAGGUUGGCGGCCGGCCCAAGAGGGGGGCUGACAUGGCGGCCCUAGCAGCGCGCCUCUUCACCGAGAGAAGCCAGGCCCAAGGGAAGUGCUCCAUGAUAAGCUGCUACGACCUAAAGGAGGCUUUCUACUCGGUGGUCGCCCAGCUGGCCCACAGCAUCCCAGGCGAAGAGGACGAAGUCAGGGAGGUGCUCGACAACCUAGAAGUUCCCCUGCGGGCCCAGCCGCAGCUGGAGCACCUCAUGGCCAACCCAGGGAUACUCGACACCGCGCUGGAUGGCUCCCACCUGGCUGCCCUCAUUGCCGAAGGGUUCUCCCGGAGCUUCAUGGCGCCGCACAAAGGCACGAGGCCUGGCGUGCCCCUCGCCGACGCGGACUUCAAUCUGCUCUUUGGCCGC